UGUGCUAACUGUCGUGAAAGCAAUUCGGCGGAGAAAGAAGCGAGCAGGACGCCAAUAAGUCAGUCCUAUUAUUUGUUCUCCAGUUUGAAAUAUUUACGUCGUAUAAAAUACAUCUUUGAUUCUUUAUUUAAGGACAUAGUCGUUUCGAUGCGCUAAAAGCACCGUGCCGCUUCUCGUGCUAUCUUUGCUUGUUAGUUAGCUUAGCUCGCUAGUUGGCUUAGCUUGUUAGCUGCUAACAGAAGACACAGAAGUUAUCAACACAUCGCUAAGUAGAGAUCAAGUGUGAGAGUAAAGUGUUGUGUUAGUGUGAAAAUGUCUACAUUACAAAUGUUGAGAGCGUUGGUGGAUCAGCGACUAACUGCUGCCGUUGAAGAAAUAUUUGUAGUGUUCGAAAGAACGAUAGCAGAAUACCAGGCGGAACUUUCUAGAACAAAAGAGGAUUACAAUCAACUACUGGACGCCGUUUUCAAGAAACAUCAAGUGGUGUUACACAGAACAGAUGUCGAAGAAGAUCUUUCUCAUGAGCAAGAGGAGGAACCACAAUCCCCCUACAUGAAUGAGGAAGAAGAGGUUCCACAUUCCCAACACAUCCAAGAGGGAGGAGAGGAGCCACAGACCCCCCACAUUAAAGAGGAAGACGAGACCCCGCAGACCCAUAGUGUUAAACUGACCCUUCACAUUAAAGGGCAAGCGGAGGACCCACUGAAUUUACACAUCAAAAAUGAAGAGGAGGACCCACUGACCCCGCAAAUUAAAAAGGAAGAGGAGGACCCACUGAACCCCUACUUUAAAGAGGAAGAGGAGGACAAAGAGCUGCCGCACUUUACAGAGGAAGAGGAGGAACACCGCAUCAGUCAGCCUAAAUGGUUGGAGGAGUUCCCAGUGACUGGUGUCCCUGUGAAGAGUGAAGGUGAUGAGGUCAAAGGUGAAAGUGAGGAGAGGGGAGGGGCGGAGCCUCCAAGCAGCAGCUCAACACAACACAUGACAACAGAAGCUGAUGGAGACCACUGUGGAGGAUCACAAGCAGACAAGCUCUUAGCUCCACUAUCAGAUAGUGAGGACACAACGUCACACUCUCCUGACACUGAUGAUGAAGACUCUAAAGAUGAUAAGACAUGUCACACUGACAACACUCACUUCACAUGUUCUCUCUGUCACAAAACCUUUAAAUACCGUCGUAAUCUGAAAAGACACAUGAGAAUUCACACUGGAGAAAACCUUUUUACCUGUUCAAUCUGUGGUAAAGGUUUUGUUGAAAGUCGCUGUUUUAAAGCACACAUGAGAACACACACUGGUGAAAAACCUUUUAUCUGUUCAAUCUGUGGUAAAGGUUUUGCACAAAGUCAACAUUUGAAAAGACACAUGAGAACACACACUGGAGAAAAACCUUUCUCCUGUUCAACCUGUGGUAAAGGUUUUACAGAAAGUCAGAAUUUGAGAAGACACAUGAGAACACACACUGGUGAAAAAUCACAUUCCUGUUCAAUCUGCAACAAAAGUUUUGGUGAACGAUCAAGCCUUGUAAGACACAUGAGAAGACACCCAGGAGAGAAAGUGUUGAGUUGCAGUGUGUGUGGUGAAAGAUUCUCUUCUAAGUACCAGUGUAAGAAACACAAGUGUGCUGGUGAGAACAGCAGCAGCAAAUGAAACUGCAGGAUUUGAAAUAAACGGUCAAGACUUUCAUUUUGACUUUCUAACAACAUCAGCACAUAUAACAUGUGUGACAUUGUUGUUUGUGUAACAAUCUUUUUAAUAUGCUUCUACAUUUAUUGAUUAGGUAGUUUGAAAUAUAAAAGUAUUUAUAAAUUGUUAAUAAUCCCAUGGAUUAGCACCUUUAUAUGAUAUACAUAUUUACUGGUUCACAUCUGAAACAUCUUCUGGACCACUUCAGGAAGCAUAUUAUUAUUUACUUUAUACAUCAUUUGAACAGUUGUCUUUUAUACAAUUUUAAAUUGUGAUUAUAUGAAUCAUUUGUUGGUCUCUGUAAUCCAUGAUAUUAAUUAUCUUUAUUACUCUCUUUUGUAUUAUGAUGAUUGUUUUGUGAUUGUUUUAUACUUUAACUUAAUAUGUAUGUACUUAUACCUUUAUGCAAUAAAUCCAUCCAUCCA